AAAAAAAUAAAGAUAAAUUGAUAAAUAAAGACAAAUGAAGAAACAUUUAACGAAUAUUUUUGGAAUUUACUUCUCUUUUUAAUCCAUUUGCAUCAUUGUUACAUUUUUAUAAAAAAUUGUGUUGCUCUGAGAAAGAAAUUUUUCAUUUUCACUUCUAUUUUAUUUUGGAUAAAAUUUUUUUUUUAAAAAAUGUCCAAUUUCGAUUACAAUAUAAGCGAUGACGACGAAGAGGAAGAAAUAAUUGAUGAACGUUUUGUAAAAUUUUCCAAAGCAAUUGAGGAAAAAAAUAAUUAUCUCAUUUCAUUGUUAAUAAAAGAAGAGGGCAUUCUACAGAAACAAUUUCACUCUAAUUGUUCAACAUUUUUACACAUUGCGGCAAAAUGUGGUACAGCAGAAAAUAUCAAACAAUUGUGUGAAUUAGGCGCUAAUGUUAAUUUACCAAAUAAAAAUGGUGAGACGGCAAUUUUUAAUGCAAUAAAAAAUGAUGAUAUUCAACUUGUAAAAAUUCUCAUUGAACAUGGAGCAAAUAUUAAUAUUACAAGUAAACAGGGUGUAACACCAUUGCAUCUCGCUUUACUUCAUGGUCCAGAGAAAACAUUGCGUUUAAUUGUAAAAAAAAUUGUACUUGAUGCAAAAAACGGAAAUAAUUUACAAGAUAAAAAAGAAGAAGAAACGAUGGAAGUAUCAGAAGAUGAGGAAUAUUUUGACCUGUCUUCAGAUUUAGAGGAAAAUUUAUCGUUCGAAGAAGAAGAAGAAGAAGAAGAAAGCGAAGAAGAUUCGGAAGAGGAAAAUCUUGAAGGCACAAUGGGAAUGAUUAAAACAAUUUUAAGGAAUAAAAAAUUAUUUAAUAUUCAAAAAAAUGAUUAUCCAUUGUUAAUAUUUUUUGCCGCUCGUAUUGCAUGUGGUUAUAUAUUAGAAGUUAUUUUACGUGAUUGUCGAAAAUUUUUAAAUUCUCUAUCGCCUGCUGAGAGAAAAUUAGAGAGAACAAAACCACGUAAAGCAAAUAGGGAUUAUUUUAUUGAAGGCGGUUGUAAUGUAAGAUAUAUACCACAAGCACCUUUGGAUAUUAAUUUUCAGGGUUAUUUCGAUAGAACUGCAUUACAUUAUGCUGUGAGGGAAGAAAUUCCAAUUUCUGUGAAAUUUCUUUUGGAGAAUGGCGCCGAUCCAAAUGCAAAAACUUGUGAAAAACUCACACCUCUACAUUAUGCGGCGUGCCUUGAAAAUUAUGAAAUUUGUCAAAUACUUCUUAAUUUUGAUGCCUAUGUGAAUGUAAAUCGUUGCUGUCAGGGAAAUCCACUUUAUCAUGUUUGUGGACAAAGUACAACAAAAGUACUUUUAAAAUCGACUGAUGGCUAUUUUUAUGAUGAAUUUUAUCACGAGUAUACGGAUCGUGUGAAAAAAUACACAGAAGUUGAAUCAACAUUCAAUUUAAAAAUAAUGAAAUUAUUGUUGAAAAAUGGUGCUAAUCCAAAUAAUCGUGGUGAAAAUGGUGCUUCGGCAUUACAUGAGGCAUGUAAAAUGGGACGUUUUAAGGAAGUAAAAUUAUUAUUGAAAUGCAAUGCCUAUUUAGAAGAUGUUGAUAUGGAUGGAAAUACGGCGCUUCAUCAUGCAGCACAGGGAAAUUGUGUGAAAAUGAUUGAAUUUCUUUUGUCAAAUGGAUUGAAAAUUGAUUUUAAAGGCGAAUGUCGUUAUACACCAUUAAUGAUGGCAAUUAAGGACAAUGAGGGUAAAACAUCGUGUUUAGAGACAAUUGAAUAUUUAGUUGAUCAUGGUGCUGAUGUUAAUGCAAAAGAAACACUUAUUGAUAAAAGUGUACUAAUGAUUGCAAUCGAUUUUUCAUCGUCAAGUGUUGUUGAAUGUUUAUUGGAAUUGGGAGCCAAGUUUCAAACGAUAUUCAAUGUCAAUGAAGAUGAUUAUAAACGAUAUAAUUUAUUUCGAUUUAAAGAUAAUCAUAAACUUCUUGUUUGUUAUAUUGCUCUGCGGGAAAAGGAUUUAGGUGAUUAUUUACAAAAAUUUAUUAAACAUAACGAUGUAAAAGUACAAGAGGCAUUUAAAUUUUUUCAUGAAGCAAAAAAUGAAGUGAAAAAAUUAAAAUCAAUGACAAUUUUAAAACAAUCGGGAAUUACGUAUUUUGAUUUUUUAACUCAAGAUUUUUACACUACGGUUCAGCAUGUUAAGAAUGGUAAAUUAAAUCAGAUUUUAAUUGCCGGUGAUUAUAAAAAAGAAUUUCCGUGUUUUAACCAUUUUUUGGAGAGUCGUCAACAAAGGGCGAAAACUUUAAAAAAGUUUGUCAAUAAAACAUUUGAUUUUUUCACAAAAAAUCGAAAAUUACCGCCUGAUGCUGUUAAAAUGAUUUUUAAAAGUCUUGAUUCGAAAGAUUUUCGAAUUUUUGGUACAGCUUUGAAUAAGAAAUAAUGGGUUUUUUUUAAAAAAAAUAAUCGUCGUAAAUGUUUAACAUUUAAAAAAACUUUUUUUUUGAAAAAUUAAAAAUUUUUCUUUUAUAUACUUUUAUGUUAUUUAUUAUAUUUAAAAGUUAUUAUGUUAAAAAAAGACUACAAGGUUUUUUUGUCGGAAAAAUGUUCUUUCCGAAUUAUUAUAUUCGUUCUUAAUUUGUGUAACAUUUUGUACUGUUUUGUAAUAAAUUGUUCAAAUUAAAAAUUGGCUAUUUUUAAUAUGUA